CGGUGUCGUUCCCAGGUUAACCGAUUCUAGAAACAGCGCUUCCUCUAUCCGCUUCGUCUCUCUCACCUCACAUUCAACAUCACAGCAGGAGGAGAGAGAGAAAGAGAGAGAGAGAGAGCAGAGUUCUUCAGUCCAUGGCUUCCUUAGCUUCAUCCACCACACUUAUCUCUUCAUCCACCGUUCUUCUUCCCUCAAAGCCUUCUCCUUUUUCUCCCGCCGCCUCCUUCCUCCGAACUCUUCCUUCUACCGCUGCAUCACCGUCUUCUCUCCGUUCCGGUUUCUCCAGCAUUGGCUCCCUCACCUGCAUCCCCUCUUCCUCUCGCCGUAGCUUCGCCGUCAAGGCCCAGGCCGAUGAUUUGCCACUGGUUGGUAACAAAGCGCCUGAUUUUGAGGCAGAGGCUGUUUUUGAUCAAGAGUUCAUCAAGGUGAAGCUCUCAGAGUACAUUGGUAAAAAGUAUGUGAUUCUCUUUUUCUACCCUUUGGACUUCACUUUUGUCUGCCCUACAGAGAUUACUGCCUUUAGUGACCGUUAUGAGGAAUUUGAGAAGCUAAACACGGAAGUGUUAGGUGUCUCAGUCGACAGUGUGUUCUCGCAUCUUGCGUGGGUCCAAACAGAGAGAAAGUCAGGAGGGCUCGGUGAUCUGAACUACCCACUUGUCUCUGAUAUCACUAAAUCCAUUUCAAAAUCUUUUGGUGUGCUCAUCCCUGAUCAGGGCAUUGCACUGAGAGGGCUUUUCAUCAUCGACAAGGAAGGAGUUAUACAGCAUUCCACCAUCAACAACCUCGGUAUUGGCCGAAGCGUUGAUGAGACAAUGAGAACCCUCCAGGCAUUACAGUAUGUUCAAGAAAACCCUGAUGAGGUCUGCCCCGCGGGAUGGAAGCCUGGGGAGAAAUCGAUGAAGCCUGACCCCAAGCUGAGCAAAGAGUAUUUUUCAGCUAUUUAAAGGGGCUUUUUAAACAAAUGAUUGGUGAAAAGCAGAGGCAUGUUUGUUUUUUCCCUAUGUUGGAGUCUUUGAGUGCUGAGUUUAAUAUGUUUUUUGCCAAAUUAACAUUUGCUUGAAUAUCUUUGCUUUGUCUUCAUUAGUUAUGUUUCUGCUGUGUGUGUUUUCCUCAAAAUUUAAUAAAAAACAAUGGAAUUUAUGUGUUUA